GGUGUUUCUCCGAAACGAGGAGGAGCAACGACCAAUCGUCCGACCGACCGAGCCGCUACGAAGCCUUCAAGCAGCAAAAAAUUCAGCAGAAGACGACGGCGAUCGGGAGUAGUGAGCUCAACUCCCCCGCAAGCACCGGGAUGGCCUGAAUCGUCGUUAGUGUAUCAGCUAGGAUUAUGUGAUUUGCUAGAGUCGGAGCCGGACCCAGAAGGUGUUCCUCUACGAUCCGCUCACUUGCGACGAGCCAUCCGGACAACAAGUGCAACAUGAAGUGCGUUCUGCCGUUGGUGCUUCUUGUCCUGAACGAUGCGUUCAAUUCGGUCGGCGGCGAAGGCCGCCUCAUGAUCGAACCUGAAGGCGAUGUCCACAAUCAGCCCGCGGAGCAAGGUUUUGCUCUAUUCUGUAAAGCAGGGCCAGGAGACGGUGAUUACGCGAACUUCCGAUGGAUUGGUCCUCAGGGCCAAGACUACACGCCGAUAGGGGCGAUCCAUACGGUCGAGUCCGGGUCGAGUUUAAUUUUAUCCUUCGAGAAACCGUCUCCGGAAAACUCAGGGAACUAUUCCUGCAUCGCGACCUAUGCCAACACAGACGAAGUGCGAGCCGUGGUAAAGCUCGCGUUUUUCCACGAUAUAAGCUGGGACGAUUGUCCACUGAAACAGAACCUCGUCAUAGGCAAGGAAGGAACAAUCCGAUGCCUCGUGCGUGGGAAUCCUGUCCCUACAGUGACCUGGCUCAAGGACGAUCACCCAGUUAGGAAUGAGCUCCGCUACGAGGUUCUCGCACCGGGUCUAAAGGUCAAAGACGCGAGACCAGAAGACCGUGGAAAGUUCACCGUGUCCGCGAUGGUGACAGCAACAGGCAAAUACCAACGGAAGCUUAUAACGGUCGACGUGCUGACUCCGCCCAAAAUCAACGACUUGCCCGAAGUCGCAGAAGUCACCGAAGGUUCGCUAGGUGGACUCCAUUGCUCGGCGACCGGAUACCCGCAGCCUUUAUACUACUGGACCGAUUUCUCCGGUCGGAAUCUCUCGUCCGUCAUCGGCUUCAGGGUGACGCCUGAGACGGGGGUUCUCGAAAUCACUCACGUCGCUCGAGAAGACGAAGGCGAAUACACGUGUCAUGCCGUGAACCCGGCCGGCGUGGAUCUGGCCCAAAUCAAGGUGGACGUCAUCGUUCGACCGAAGAUCGUCCUGUUCGAGAAUAAGACAGCCGACGCACUUUCCGAGGUUCGACUCGAGUGUCGAGCCGAAGGGAAACCCCGGCCGGAUAUCGCUAUUCGAAAAGAAGGCGCUUUGCUACCUUUGUCACCAGAGGAUUCUGCGGUAUUCUUCACGCGGAGAACAGAGGGCUUUGAGAACGUGCUGCAGGUCACGAUCCGUCCCGUGAGUCGGCAGCACGACGGGCUCUAUUACUGCUCUGCCGAGAACAAGGCCGAUAAAGUCGAGCGGGUUGGUCACUUGACGGUGAACUUCGCUCCUGAAUUGGUCGCUCGUCAGAACCCCGUGAUGACGUGGGAUGCGAAUCCGGCCACUCUAAGCUGCCAUAUCACGGCGAUACCUAACGCGACCGUCGAAUGGUGGUUCCGAGGACAAAUCGUGCGUCCGAGGCCCGGCUUCUUCACGCUGGACGAAGCGCCCGCGCUGUCGACGCUGACAGUCACCGAUUUGGUGCCAGACCGUUUCGGGGUCUACGAGUGCAAAGCGAAAAACAAGCUCGGCGAGCACGCGCUCCCGAUCCGCUUGCAACAGGCGAGACGCCCCGAUAAGCCGCAGGUGCCAAACGCGAUCCGAAUUUCCGCGACGACCGUGACGCUAGAAUUCAUUCAUCCCGUCGACGAUGGAGGCAUGCCCAUCAUUGAGUACAUUAUCCGUUGGUGGAUGGAAGGCACCGACGAAUCGAUCGCUUUCGACAAGAAACAAGGAGAAGUGAUGAGCAAACCCGUUACCAUUGAUAGGCUGUUACCUCGUACGAAGUACAACUUCAAGUUUAGCGCUCGCUCGCAGGUCGGCGAAGGUCCGUCGUCGGAAAUUCUGCCGGUGUUCACUCGGGAGGAAAGCGUGCCCGACUCGCCAAUCAUCCUCACCAGAGCCAAUUACAGCGUCUACCCGACCCGGUAUGACCUUCAGUGGGGAAUGCCGCUAUCGAACGGCAAGAGUAUCAAGUACUUCCGAGUGACCUAUUUCCCCGUAGAGAAGUAUGGACCCUCUGAGUUCCGUAAGUCGUAUUCGAGCAGAGCGCGAGAGAUCACCUUGGACACGUGGACAAACGUGAUCGGCGUCGAGCUUACGAACCUCAAGCCCGAGACCUACUAUCGGGUUCUCGUCGAGGCUUACAACGAACUCGGCUACAGCCAUCCAGCCGAGUUCACGUUCCAGACAGCGAGAGGAGACGGAAUCAUCGGAGCCUAUCCCGAUCCGGAUCCGGUGGAACUGCCCAACUUCGCGGUCACGAUGCCGUUGAUCGUCGCGGCCACGUUAUUGCUCUCGGUCCUAUUGCUGAUCUUCCUCGACGUGAUCUGCUACUUCAGAUUCCAGUGGGGUUUACUGUACUUCCUACGACAUCUCCUGUGCUCGAGAGGCCCUAUGUACACCAAGUCCCCAAUUUAUCCCCCUCCGUAGUUUUCGAGACCGCCCAGGAGGAUGCCCUCGAAUUUCAAAUCAACAGAAGGAACAACGAACAACAACUUGGUGCCAAAAUUGCAGCUAAACCAAACCAGGGUAUGCGAUGAACUGAAGCCCGAGUAACAGCAGAACGACACCGUCGUUAUCAGGAUGGUCCUGGUGACACCACU